AGCGCCAUGGAUGGGGUGGGCGGUUUCUGCCGCCUCUACCGCCACCUCUGCUGCCUCAGAAGCUGCCGUUGCCGCCGUGCUCGCCGCCACCCUUUCCUCCUCCCCCGCCGCCGCCUCCUCCUUCUCCGGCCCCUCGGCCACCUCUACACGACCCAGGCCCUCUGUCCUUGAGAGGAAUCCGUAUUCAGUCUCCUUCGCGGGCCCGGGGCGCAGCCAUGGCGGACGGCGGGGGCGGAGGGGGCACCGGCGCGGUGGGCGGCGGCGGCGCCGGCCAAGCCUCGGCGGGGGCGACGACAGGCGCGACGGGAGCCGGUGGGAGCGGCGGCCCCAUCAACCCGGCCUCACUGCCUCCCGGCGACCCGCAGCUCAUCGCGCUCAUCGUGGAGCAGCUCAAGAGCCGGGGGCUGUUUGACAGCUUCCGCCGGGACUGCCUGGCCGACGUGGACACCAAGUGCAUCCAAAAUAUAAACAAACAGAACAAACUGAUAGGUGAAGAAGAGACGGAGAUAGUGAUACCAGCUUACCAAAACCUGAGGCAGAAAGUGGAUAAUUUUGUGUCAACACAUCUGGACAAGCAGGAGUGGAAUCCUACGAUGAACAAAAACCAAUUGCGAAAUGGUCUGAGGCAGAGUGUGGUUCAGUCAGGGAUGUUGGAAGCUGGAGUGGACAGAAUUAUUUCCCAGGUGGUGGAUCCCAAACUAAACCACAUCUUCAGGCCACAGAUAGAACGAGCAAUUCAUGAGUUCCUGGCAGCCCAGAAAAAAGAAGCUGUGCCAGCACCCCCUCCAGAGCCUGAAAGCCAGGACCCUCCAGCCCCAUCCCAGGAUGCUUCCUAAGAAUAUGCCUGACACGUUUUGGAAGCUCCAUUGAAUUAAUGGUGAAGAACUGGAUUCAGUUACAUAAGAGUACAACUUCAGAGUGAAGACAGGCCAAGGUCAUCACUGAUUUCACAAUUCAACGUUGACUGUGGGGCGGUGUCCAGAUAAAGUAGGGAGCAAAUGGGCCAGUAGGAGAGUUGACCAUGUGGGCCCCACGUCGUGCUGCCGUCUGGCCAGCCUGUCCAAGCGGUGACACCCACUAGACACUACAGAUACAUUAAGAAACACUACAUCAACUUGGGGUUGUCCUGAAACAAACCUCUGUACUUGAACUUAGAGACUGUGUAUGAAUUUUAGGGUUUGUGCUUGGGGAUAAGCAACAGCUACAAUGAAGGCACAUAACCAGUCCCAAAGAUGCAAUUUCAAAGAAUGACAGUAAAGGUUAGCCAGGAGUAGGUAUUUGACAAUGCUUAUUUGAUACUGUUUCUCAGAGUUUCAAAUAAGAGUGUAUAGGCCGUUAGCAUCAAAUAGCUUUAAGGUUGUUGUGACCCUCUUGUCCAUGACUCUUUAGCUUCCGUUUCCUUUCCCCUGUAAGAGGUGUCAAAACAUGGGACCCUAGAAUGCAUGAGGAAAUGUAGAAUUAGGUAUAAGGAAAAACAUUUGCAGGCUCUCUGUCCAGGGCUGCUUCCUAUCCUGCAAGGGCUAGUGAGUCUUGGGUGUGUUUAUUUUAUUCUCAUGUUUGUGUUUUUUAGAAGGUGAAUAAUUAAUAAGUGGCUUAAGUUUUGUAAUUAAAUCAUUUGAUACUCUGAAGCUUCGACUAAUUCUUAGACCCCAGGUGCGCAGUGUAACCUUUGUCCUCGGCCUGCAUGCCAUUCCUGUGCACAACACGACUUAAUGGCAGUGAAGGACUGGUAGACAUGCCUUGGAACUACCGUCGUCCUGCAGCUAGUGGGUGUAGCUGGAAGUGAGCAAGACGUUCCUCUCUUCCCCAGACUAUCCCUGAUGCCAGUCUUUAGUUGAGCGUACUGUGCUCUGUCAGUGUUUCCCAAACUUGUUUGCGGAAGUGUCACCUGGGGAUUUUAAGAAAAACUGCAUAUUCUGAUUCAGAAGUUCUGGGAGGACCCGAGAGUGUUUCUGACAGGUUCCAGGUGAUGACUCGGCAUAUUGCAUCCCAAGCCUUGGAUGAUGUCAAAAAUUACUUCAAACUAAGUGUCUUUCGUUCUUAGUUGAGUCUACUCCUGGAUAUUGUUACUCAGACUUUAACCUGUUUAGACUUCCACCUUUACCAUCAAUACCUGUAAGUUAGGACUGCACUUCCGUAUUUAGCAAGAUGUUUGGGCAACAUGUGCCCUUACUUUAAAGCAAGUUGACCACGUGUUUAGGGCAGGCGGCAGUUACCUCUGAAGUGUGUUCUGCUUCCCGCUGAAACAGGUUGGUGUCCCUUUCAGUUUAGGAUUCAACUACCAAGUCCUCAGUACCCAGAGAAGGGCCCCUCUAGUCCUCUUCACUCCACUAAUAGGUAAACAUGGAAUGACCAGUCUUACCAGUCCUGUGCUCUGCAAGGAAGCUUCUCAGACUAGUAUCCCCUCUUCAAUACCAUGAACCUCCUUCCCUGGGAGGCCUCUGCCACCGGACGGAGGCCUCAGCAGAGCCCCUUUCUGUCAACCCGGCCAAAAUCCUGCCCAUCCAACACUGACCUCAACCCAGUGACAGGGCAGAAUAGAGCAACCCAGAGAAGGUGUCCUUCUGCCCACAAAUGCCCAAGUGACUGUCGUGUAUGCUUUUUGGCAGACAGUUUUUGGUCCAUCUCAGUUCUCUUUUUUUUCCAUUAUGAGAGAAGGGUGUACCAGUUGAUGAGAAACACCCUAAUUUUCACAGAAUGUUAAAUAUGCCAAGAUACCAAGGAGUUUUGUUCUUUUUUUAAAAUCAGUGUUACAUCCACUAAGUCACUGUAGACUAGAGAUAAUUUUUUCAAAUGAAAUCAUCAGGUUACAGGAGUAACUAAACUCCUCACUACUGUUGGGACAGAGGGCUGACUUGGACUCUUAGCUGAGCCAAAUUGAAAUGGAAGUAGUGCCCAUAUUCCCUUGAGUAAAUGUAGUUAACUCGGCAGGCCGGGAAAACGAGACCAGGUAAACAGCACCAGAGGGGCUGGGAAGCCCAGAGCCACCUCUGCUCUCUCCUUCUCUCCCGCGAAGCCUAUUUGCAUUGUCAGUGGAGUCCUCAUGCUUGUGUAUUAGGUUAGGCAUGCAGAACCUAGAAAAUUCAUGUGUUCUGAGAUAAAGUAGAAGAAUUCCUCCCUGAGGAGGAUGAGGCCACCGAAAAAUAUCUCAUCCUGAAACACCCUUGCUGUAUUCACUCCUAAACAAGAAACUAGUCUCGGACCUCAAGGCUUCUCUCCCUAUAGUUGGAAAAACCACUGCCAUUUGCAAAAGCCUCGUGAAGCACAGAACUAACCUUUGUAAGACAUCACCAAAUAUUAGCAACCUUUAGAAACCAUCAAAGCCUUAGAGUCACGGUGAUACAAAGAACCCCAUGCUCAUUCUUGUAGUCCACUUUGACCUGGGGCAGUGUCUACAAUUACUACUGGAGACGAUCGCCCCCAGCAUGUUCCCAGUUACUAGCCUAAGUGCUUGACUGGUAUUGCCAAACCACCAUGUCCACCUAGUCCUGACUGUCUAACUCCUUCUUGGCUUGUAGUGAAG